AUGGGGAUCGAAGAGCUGAGUGUGAGGAAUGGCCGUGCGGUGUCUGACCGGUGGGCCGACAGCGUGGUGGUGCGACCCCGGACCCCUGAGCGCCACAUCACCGUGCACAAGAGGCUCAUGCUGGCCUUCGUUGUCUCCAUCGUGACACUCAUGGUGGUGACGGCUGUCGCCGUGACAUUGGCUGUCAGCUUUGAGAAAUGCAGCAGCAGCGAGAACAUGGUUCCACCUGGUACCGGAUCCAAUCAGUCACGAGACAAAAGUGGUGAACAGAAAGGUGGAGAUGUGCAGCCAUGGCGGCGUUUACGCUUACCGACAGCACUGCGGCCUCACCACUAUGACCUCCAGCUCUCUGUCUACAUGCACAACUUCACCUUUUCUGGCGAGGUGAGCAUCGAGUUCGAGUGUGUGAACGCCACCAAAUUCAUCGUGCUGCACACCAAUGGGCUGCAUGUAGAGAAGGUGUCUGUGUACUCCGACAGUAAGAAACCCGGCACCAUGAGGAUCCACCGGCACUUCUGGUACCCGCACAACCAGGUGUACGUUGUCGCUCUGCACCGGGAAAUGAAGCCGCUAAGAAGGUAUAAAAUCAACAUGACCUUCCAGACUCAGAUCCAGAACCAGCUGCUGGGAUUUUUCCGUACCUCCUACAUGCUGCACGGAGAGAGAAGGUACGCGGCCGUGACUCAGUUCUCUCCAACUCAUGCGAGGAAAGCUUUCCCGUGUUUUGAUGAGCCCAUCUACAAAGCCACCUUCAGCGUGACACUGAGACAUGAUGCUUCCUACCAGUCCGUCUCCAACAUGCCCAUCAUGUCGUCCAGCCUGGACGAGGACGGCUGGCUCACCAAUCGCUUCUCCAAGACGCCACGUAUGUCCACUUAUUAUGUGUCCUGGUCCGUGUGUGACUUCAGCUCUCGAGAGACGAUGACACACAACGGAGUGAUGAUACGGCUGUUUGCUCGGCCUGAUGCCAUUCAGAGCGGAUCGGGAGAUUACGCUCUGCACAUCACCAAGAGCCUCCUCAGCUUCUAUCAGGAUUACUUCAGAGUCAAAUACCCCCUGCCCAAACUAGAUCUCCUAGCUGUACCAAAACUCCCAUAUGCGGCAAUGGAGAACUGGGGUCUGAGUGUGUUUGUGGAGCAGAAAAUUCUGUUGGAUCCUGAUGUCUCGUCUUUCUCCUACCAGAUGGAGCUCACCAUGGUGGUGGUGCAUGAGAUCUGUCAUCAGUGGUUAGGGGACCUGGUCACUCCAGUUUGGUGGGAUGACGUUUGGAUUAAAGAGGGAUUUGCUCAUUACUUUGAGUAUGUGGGGAGCGACUUCCUCUUCCCAAAAUGGAACAUGGUGAGUGAUAAACAGAGGUUCCUGACUGACGUUCUCCAUGAAGCCAUGCUGCUGGACAGUAUGGCAACAUCUCAUCCCAUCUCACAGGAGCUUUUCCAAGUCGCCGACAUCCACCAAGUUUUUGACUGGAUCUCUUACAAAAAGGGAGCUGCGCUGAUUCAUAUGUUGGUCAACGUCAUGGGACAGACUGCAUUUCAGAGAGGCAUCAAUGAUUAUUUAGUGACGCACGAGUACAGAAACACAGCAAGGGACGACUUGUGGAGCUCAUUUUCACAGGCCAUGCACAGGGAAGGGAAGGACAUCAACAUAAAGGAGGUGAUGGAUGGCUGGACUCUGCAGAUGGGUUACCCCGUGGUCACCAUCAGCAAGAACGAGAACCUGGAGAAUGCUGUCACCAUCAGCCAGGAACACUUCCUCUACAACACGGAUGCCAAGAUCCACCACCAUCAGCUUUUUAACAGAAGUUUGCAGUGGCAGAUCCCGCUGAACCUGGCAUUGGGAAACUUCAGUCACAUGUCGUCUGAGUCUCUCAUCUGGAUCUAUAAUAAAACAGAGACCCACCGAGUAGGAUGUAUAGGUGAGGAGACAUGGUUACUAGGCAACAUCAAUCAGAUGGGCUACUUCAGGGUGAACUAUGACCUCCACAACUGGAGACUCCUGAUCCAGCAGCUGAUGAUCAACCCCACAAUCAUCUCUGUGGAGAAUCGUGCUGGUCUGAUGGAUGAUGUCUUCAGCUUGGCCAGAGCUGGCUAUCUCCCUCAGAACCUCCCACUGCAGAUCAUCUGUUACCUGUCUAAGGAGGAUGAGUUCCUGCCCUGGCAUGCAGUGAGCAGAGCGCUGUACCAGCUGGACAAACUGCUGGACCGCACCGAGGACUACAAUCUCUUUAGUAGUUAUGUGUUGAAGCAGGUGGAACUGAAGUAUCAUAAGCUCGACUGGCCAAGGGUGAAAAUGGGUGACCCCUUCAAGCAGGCCACCUAUCACACUGAUGAGCUCCAGAGGGAGGUGAUCAUGUUGGCCUGUAGUUUUGGGAAUAAACACUGUCACCAUCAGGCCAUGUCACUCGUCUCUGAGUGGAUCUCCAGCAACAAGAACAGGAUUCCCCCCAGCAUACGUGACGUGGUGUACUGCACGGGCGUGUCUCUGAUGGACGAGGACGUGUGGGAGUUCAUGUGGAUGAAAUUUCACUCCUCCACCGCCGUCUUGGAGAAGAAGGUCCUGCUGGAGGCCCUGACCUGCAGUGACAACACCUUCCUGCUCCACAGACUGCUGAAUGCGUCUCUAAACUCGGACCUGGUGCCGCAUCAAGACCUGAUCGACGUCAUCAUCCACGUCGGCCGCAACCCACACGCACGCCAUUUAGCCUGGAGAUACUUCAGGGAGAAGUGGGACAAGCUGAACUCCAGGUUCGGCGAGGCUUUAUUUCUAAACUCCAAAUUAAUCAGUGGAGUGACAGAGUUCCUCAACACACAGAGAGAACUGGAUGAGCUGAAGGACUUCAUCCAGAUGAGAGCUGCUGGACGUUCUGUGUCUGCCUUCUCCCGAGCACUGGAGGUCGUCCGGGCCAACGUGAAAUGGCACGAGCUUUACGGACAGCGCUUCUUCCAGUGGCUGAGGAAAUUUGGCAGUGGCUAAAGAUCAGAGCAGCGUGGAGCCUCAAUCACACAUUUAU